AUGGACGGAGCUGCUGCUGCUGCUGAUGCCGCCACUGCGGUCAGAGAAGACGGAGCCGGAAUGACACCCUCCAAUGGAGCUGAUGCGUGUGAAGACAGCAUGCGUCCGACAACCGUGGACAUCGAUGAGGGUGAGAAUCCAACAACAGACUUCAGUCCAAAUACAUACCUUUUAGAAGCACAAAUAUCUGUGACAAAUCCUUUUACUCAUGCAAAAAAAGACACUAGUGUACAACCGUUUUUGCUCAUUUUAAUAAAUCAAUUAAUGCUGCACUUGCAUUGAAUGUGUGGUCAUUAUGGACCUGAUGAUCACGUGUUUAGAGGUUGUUUUGGGAAAGUAAGGUCCUUGUAGAGAAACAUUUUUAUAUUUGUUUAUCAAAAAUUAAUUCAGUGUGUGUAUUUAUAUAUAUAUAUAUAUAUAUAUAUAUAUAUAUAUAUAUAUAUAUAUAUAUAUAUACACACUCAAUGAAUUUUUUUUUAUAUCUAUCUAUCUAUCUAUAUAUAUAUAUAUAUAUAUAUAUAUAUAUAUAUAUAUAUAUAUAUAAAAAUCGAGGGACAUUCUUUUGUGAAGGCCUGUGAGCAACAUAGAGCAGAAUCUAAGGCUACCCCCUUCCUGAUCACUUUUUCAAAGCGAGGGCGUUAUUACAAAAUUUAACUCACUUAUGACUUUGAAGGGAUAUUUCGGUGUAAAAUUAAGUUAGGUUAAAAGCUAAAAAGAUGUUCGGUGGCUAGUGCUGUGACUGAGACCCUAUAUGUACUGUUGAUGAAGUUAGGUGCUGUUCUGAGCAUUAUUUGUGGCUGUAGAGUGGCUUUUGGCUGAGCGUAUGGCUCUCUGUAUUGCUAUCUGCGGUCGUUACUAAAGUUGGUAUAACUAGAGAAGCAAGCAGUCUGCAACAUUCAUCUCUCGACGGGGUGUCUAACUUAGUGUUUGAUCAUGAUUUAAUUUUAUGCCAGAAUAUCCCUUUAAUGUAUAGUUUCUGCUUAUUAUCAUGUAAAUUGGCAUGCCCACAUUAUAACUGAAAUUGAAAGGGCUGCUGUUGUUCUUUGUUGUCAUGGCAAUACAAAGACUAAAAAGCAUGCGUAACCUGUUGUAGAGGGAACAAUGAGGAUGCCUUUUAUUUGAAGUCACAGUUACCACAAUGUUGGUUGCAUCACUGCUUCAACUGGUUCCACUCCAAGAAUAUUAUGCACUUAACUCUGUGUGCACGUUACUGUCAGUGUGAUUUGAAGACAGCAAUACUGUCUUUUUUAUGGUCUCUUCCACUGGUACUUGUUACACGUGUAACAACAACUGUAGAUGUCCCUCAUAUGGAGCCAUUACACACCAGUAAAGAUAGUUUGACUGGUGUGGAAUGCUGAAUUAUAUUCUUGUUUUAGCAGGUGUAUCUAAACUAAUGUAUCACCUGUCUCAAGCAGCCAUGACUGUUAAUUGAGUUAACUUUGAAAAAACAAUUUAAAAGUUUUUUAAUUCUAACAAAUUUUUGGGGGAACUUUUUGUUUUCUCAGAUGAGGAAAAAUCUGAGCUCUUUUGAUUUGACAGUGCUAGGAUUAGCUACCAGCGCUGAGAUAUCAUUGUUUUCUCACACAACCAUAAUGUGCUGUACCACACUCUGUUGCAACUGGGGGCUUUGGAAUUUAUGCUUCACAAAGAAGUGCAACCCGUCUGCAACAACCUCUCAAUAUUACUGAAUGAAGUCUUUUCAAAAGAUUCAUGAACCUGUACACCAUGCAUUUCAGCCCCUCUGUAAUAAACUUCAAAGCUACUUAUAAAAGUGUAACCUUUAUUCAAACUGAAAAAUAAAGAGUUGAUUUGCUCUGUGUUUUGUGAUAUUUUUAGUCUUAUCUUUUGUCACUGGAACUAGGAGAGGCUUUGACCCCCUAUUUUCCUAUUUUUUAGGGGUUGGGGUUCUCUGCUGUCGGGACUGUGGAGAAGCCUUCAGAGAAGAGGCAGCCUACACGGAGCACUGCCAUCAGCACCUUCAAGAAAGCAUGUAUUUAGACAAACAAACUGAUGGUUUCCAUGUUGCAGAAAAGGACAGAGAACAGACUGCUGGGACGACAAAUCAACAAACCUUUGAAUGUCCGGACUGUGGGAAAUGUUAUGGAGUAUUUGGACACUUUCUCAACCAUCAGCGUUCACACAGACAAGCCUCCAAAUCAGUUUUUCAUGACCUUGAACAUUUAAAAAAGAAGUCCUUUCAGUGCGAGUCUUGUGGUAGGAGUUAUUCUCGAGCUUCGGCUCUUGAUGCGCAUCGGCGUUGUCAUGAGGAAAAAUUAGUGAAGGCACGAAACAGAAGUUCAGGGGAUGCGUUUCAUAUCGAGGAGUCAACAGUUGAAGCCAACUCCCCUGAAACCCAGACAGACAGCACUCCAACAAAACUUUUUGAGUGUUCAUGUGGUAAAGCAUUUCCCGCUCUAAUGCGCCUCAAAACGCAUCAAAGAUUUAGCCGCAACAGUCAGUGCACUCCAGAGGAAAUGAAAGAAAAACAAAAGAAAAUCUGCGGUGAAUUUAACUGCAGUGAGUGCAACAAGACUUUCAGUAGCCAUAUAGCCCUCUUCAACCAUCAGCGAUGGCAUUCCAAAUACUCGAACGAUUCAGAGAACAAGUUUCCUUGUGAAUUAUGUGGGAAGGUAUUUAUGACUCCUACCUUCUACUACAGGCAUCAACGCACUGCACACAGUGAUGAGACCCCGUCAAAGUCAUUCCUUCACCAAGUAUGUCAGCUGCAAAAGAAAGCAUUUGAAUGUAAAGACUGUGGACUUAAGUUUUCCAGGGCUUCAGCGCUUCAUUCUCAUCAGCUCCAUCACACAGAUAAUUUCAAAGAAACAGAAGCAGGGGGCCAGACCUCCCUGCCUCCUCAACAGGUCAUUCUCAUAAGUGAAAGAGAGGACACUGAGCAGGAGCAAGGGCAACCAGAGGAUGUGCUUUCCACCAGUAUGGCUGAAACAGAAUCACCUGGAAAUGAGUCUGAUGAGGACAUCGAGUGUUACGGACCAGGGGACUUUAAUGUACAAGUUAUAAGUGCCAGUGAAUCUGAUGACGAGUCUGCUCAAGACCCAAAUCCUGAUCUGGAGCUGCUGUGUGAAUCAGAUCAGGAGCAAAGAGAUUACUGUGACACUGGAGCGUUCCCCAGCAAAAUGCUUUCAAAACCAGAGAUGGAUUUAAAAAUUGUACAAAUUGACUUUGAUCCAGCAGACAUGCAGUGUGCAUCUGUAGAGGGAGAGCCUGUGAAUAACUUGACUGGGCAAAGAUUUGAUUGCCCAGAUUGUUACCGUUGGUUUAAUAGUGCUUCAUCUCUGCGUGUUCACAGAAUGUGGCAUGGCAUUCGUAAGAGAAGACACCAGGUUCAAGGUCAGUCAGAGGCAGUUCACACAUGCAACAUAUGUGGCCACGAGGCCAGUAGCUUUGCAGCACACUCCAGUCACAUCCAACAACACAAAAAUCAAAACACAAACAGUGAUGAUUUUAACCAAAUAGGACCAGAAAAGAAAACUUUGACAUGCAGUGAGUGUGGCAAAUGCUUCUCACGAUUGUCUGCUUUAGUCUCACAUCAGCUACAUCAUCCAAAAAGAAAACAGUUCCAGUGCCCUGAUUGCAUGAUGUCGUAUUCCUAUGCUGCGAGCCUGUAUAAUCACAUGAAAAACUGCUCAGCAAAACAGAGAGAGAAUUUUUCUGUCACAAAAAAAGAAUACAAUCCAAAGAAAACCCUUCUAGGCCCAAAGAUUUAUCACUGUGAGCAGUGCGGGAAGGGAUUUUGGUCUCUGGGAGCCUACUCACAUCACAAGCAAAACCAAACUCACUGUGUAGAUUUGAGGCUCAGGAAAGGUGUUGUAGGGUCUCUGCAGGUGGCUAAUGGACACCCCCGCUCCAGUAUCAAGGUUGCUUGUCCAGUGUGUGGUAGAAAGUUUCGCCACAAGGGCAUUAUGGCAUUGCAUAUGCGAAAACAUGAAAAUGGAAAUCACAAAUGUGAACUCUGUAACAGGUCAUUUCGGCUUUUCUCCAGCCUCCUUAGACACCAGGUAGUUCACAGUGACCAGUUACUUCCUCCUCCUGUUAAGUCUUUCCAGUAUCAGGUGGAGCAGUUGAAAAAGAACACAUACAGUUGUCCUGACUGUGGAAAGCUAUUUUCACAGGCCAAAGCACUCCAGUUUCACAUGAAAAGCCACGGGUAUGAGACUUGCCACUCGCCAUCUUCCCCUCGAUCCUCUGUUUCUCUAGAGGAUCUCCAGUGUGCAACAUGUCUCGCACAUUUCAACAGUAAGGCCUCUUUGAGGGCUCAUCAAAAACUUUGCAUCAAAAGAGACCGAGAGGCUGUUGAUUGCAAAAUAGAGCCCUCAGAAAGUGAUGUUACUAAAUUACCCAAUUGCAGCAUGGGGUUCAGCACACAGCAAACCGUAGGGCAAAUAACUGAUAGAGAAGUUAAGCAUGAAAUGAACAGUGAGGAGCAACAGACGAGGAAUGAAACGGGCGUUGGCAACUUAAAACACUUAAAAACAACAAAUUUGAAAUACAAAUGCAAAAAGUGUGACAGAAGCUUUUCAGUGGUUGGAGCUUUAAAUUUUCACAAACGAAUUCACGCAGAAAGUUACAAACCUGUAGUAAAAUCAAAACUCUCAAUGAUGCUCAAGAAAUCUAAACAGGAAGACUCAACUAAAGGACCGUUUCACUGCCCAGAGUGUGGGAGGCGAUUCAUGUCAAACUCUGCACUCGGCUCCCACAAAAGAUGGCAUAAGGAAAAGAAACUUUCACGGUCCUCGCCAAAAGACGAUGAUUUGAAAUCUAUUGGCACCAAAACCGAGGGCGGACCUUUUCAUUGCAGCAAAUGCGGCAAACAGUUUUUUAAUCAUUGUGUUCUACAACGCCACCAGGUGUUUAACCCGCAGUGUCAGACAAAACCUGAGCCAGAGCCUAAUUUGGACAACAGUAGCACAAUGAAAACGUCUAAAUUUCCAUGUCUAGAGUGUAAAAGUACAUUUACACAACAUUCACUGCUAGCUGCUCACUGUAAAAAUGAGCACGGUAAGACUUUGACAGCUGUGCCUCUUCAAGGAGAUCAUCUUAGCUUGGUUGAGCAGGUCCAAGAUCAGGUGGAUGUGAGCGUUAAGAAGAGUGCGUCCAAGCUAUCGAAUGUGAGGCACAGAGCUCACCAGUGUCCCCUCUGCCCUUUGGUGUUCUCCAAAGCAAGAGGUCUGCGUGCUCACAGAUGGCAGGUUCACUCGAAGAGCACACAAAGCAAGAAAAAAGCCAUUUUGGAUAUAAAGAAGCCUGCUGCCUUCAGUGAGGAAGUUGAGGAAACAGAAGAUUCAUCAGAAAACGCUACAGUGACUGCAGGAACCAACCCCGUCAGGAUAGUGGAGAAGAAAACCAGUUUAGACUCCUCCCCUGUGAAAUCGGUCUCUUGCCUUAACAGUGUGAAGCAGAGUAGUCCUGCAGGCACGCUCCUUGACCACAAGAAAACGGGCCUGGAGGUAAAGCAUGGAUCCAAGCAGGAGAUCCAAACUCCUGACACCAACACAGACAUUUCCCCACCUGUCAGCCGUGUGUCAGAGCAUACAGCUAAAUGUCUCUUUAAAUGUGAUAAGUGUGGGAAAGCUUUCCCGACAGAGGAACAGCUAGGGAGCCAUAAGAUCAAGGCAAAGAGCCGGCCUUAUUGUUGCGCCCUCUGCUGCCAAGGCUUUUGGACUGAGAACCAGCUGCAGCAACACCUCGCUUGGCAUGACGAAGUCCGCUGUCGUCUCCCAAAUGAGGUCCGCUACAGGCUCAGUGCUGCUUUGACCUCAAAGCCUCUGAAGCCCAUCAUGCCCUCUGCUGACACCAAAGGGAAGUCCUCUCCCACAAAAGCUGACGGCCUGUUACAAAACAACCAUAAGUGCCAACACUGUGGCAAAGCCUUUCUUUCACCAUCCGUGUUACAGAAACAUGAAGCCCAGCAUUGUAACAAUGACUCAUAUCACUGCUCCAUUUGUCUCAGGACCUUCAGUGAAAUACAGGACCUGAUCAAUCACCACCAGGAAUGUAUUGGCGAUUAUAAGAGGCAGAUUGAUGCCCCUGCUGCUGCCUCAUCAGGAGAUGCCGCCAGUCUUUUUUGCCUUGAAUGUGGAACUACUUUUUGUCAAGAAACUGAUUUGCACCAGCACAAUACUGAACAUGCCCGUUGA